AUGGAUAAAAAAGCAAAGCUUGAGCUUGAAAAGGAAGAAAUGAAAAACCUCAUGGAUACACUUCCUUAUUUGCGUGAAUAUUAUGAAUUAGAAGAGAAAAUAGGCAGAGGUACAUUCAGUACGGUAUAUAAAGCAUUGGACAUCAGACGCGAAAUGUAUAAAAAUGACGAUUGGCUACCCACCAUGUUGAUAAAACCAUAUACUGGCCAAGAUAAAGCUGAACAUAUGAAUAGCGUCAAAACUUUAAACGAAUUUGUCGCAUUGAAGCGGAUUUAUAGCACCAGUAGUCCACAGCGUAUUGUGAACGAAAUUCGUAUCCUACAAGAACUGAAAGGAGCAGAGUGUGUAUCACCUAUAGUAACUGCGUUUCGUGACGGAGAAGAGACAUUCAUUGUCAUGCCUUAUAUUCAACACGAUGAAUUUAAGGAUAUUUUUAAUGUCAUGGGAUUACAUGACAUAAAGUGCUAUAUAAAGUCUUUGUUUACAGCUUUGUCUCAUUUGCACGAACUCAAGAUUGUCCACAAGGAUGUGAAGCCUAAUAACUUUCUAUACAAUAUUAAAAAGAAAGUGGGCUUUUUGAUCGAUUUCGGGCUUGCACAGAGAGAAGAUGAAACUAAGCAAUAUGAAGAAAGCCAGGUUAUGGGUGAUUUGUCAAAAAUUGAACUUGUUAAAGGCUAUGACACGAAUGAUACAAGAAAGCGUAUUAAAGCCAAUAGAGCUGGUACUCGAGGUUACCGUGCCCCUGAAGUGUUGCUUCGUGUGAUCCAUCAAACUACAGCUGUAGAUAUUUGGUCUGCCGGUACUAUAUUCCUUUCUAUAUUGACAGGUGUAUUCCCUUUUUUCAUUGGUUACGAUGAAGCUGAUUCUCUUGUUGAAAUUGCUAGUGUGUUUGGUCUAAAUGACUUACAGAAAGUCGCUUUAAAAUAUAAUCGAAUCAUCCAUACAAACAUUUGUGGUUUACCAAAGCAGCGUGUAUCUCUAAAGAAGUUGUGUGCUUACUAUAAUAGCGAAAAGUUACGAGAAUGGCCAGAAAAAGAUAUCAGGGAUGCAAUUGAUUUAUUAGAAAAAUGUCUUCAGCUUGAUAGUAAUACAAGAAUUACAGCCAAGGAAGCAUUGAAGCAUUCAUUUCUUCAGUUUGAUUAA